CUCUUUGAUCUACUCUAGAGAUCUAGACUAGUCCACAUCUUUAGAUCUCAUUUAAUAUAUGUCUAUGAUCUCUAGAAAUCUGGUCUAGUAGAUUUAACUGUAGAAUAAAUUGAAUCUUAUUUGAGAAUCAAGGGAUGGAUCUAGAAACAUCAUUAUCAAACAUAAAUAUUAAAACUGACAAUUAUGAAACAGAAGCAAGAAAAAGUGAUUCAGGCUUCGAGAAAAAUAUCAAAAGAGCGGAAACCACAUCAGCUAGCUCUUACUCAGAAGUUGAGGAUGAAAAUAAAGAAAAAUUUAUGAGGCUCAUCAAAGAAGCUCGGCAAUUAGCAGAGAAUGGGGAUGUGGCUAGUGGAAUUAAAAUGUAUGAAAAAGCUCAGAAAAUAAAAUACAGCACAAAACUAGAGCAACGCAUUUUAAAAAUGAAGGCAUUUUUAGCCGAGCAAACUGAAAGCAAUCACCCCAAAAAUGACAUGAAACAGUUAGCACCCAAUUUUUACCUUCAUCGUAAACUGUUUGAUCAGCUCUAUGAUCACCAAAAAGAAGGAGUAUUAUGGCUCUGGUCUCUUUAUCAGAAGAAGAAAGGUGGCAUUUUGGCAGAUGAUAUGGGCCUUGGCAAAACAAUACAGAUCAUAGCUUUUUUAGCUGGGAUGUUCGACACUCAAAACGUGAAAUGUGUGAUGAUUGUGGUCCCCCUUAGUGUUAUGCCAAACUGGCUUAACGAGUUCAAUAAAUGGACUCCUGGUAUAAAUGUACAGGAAUAUCAUGGCAACUCAAAAAAGGAAAAAGAAAGAGCCUUGUCUAAAGUCAGGACUAGGGGCGGUGUAUUGCUGAUAACCUAUGGCCUUGUCAUGACCACUAAAGAAGUUCUAUCAGAAAAACAUGGCCAAGAAUUUGUAUGGGAUUACAUUAUAUUAGAUGAAGGUCACAAGAUCAAGAAUGCGACCAAGACCUCCAAGUCUGUGCAUCAUGUCCCAGCCAAGAAUAGAAUCAUUCUAACUGGUACUCCAGUACAGAAUAACCUCAAGGAGCUCUGGUCCUUAUUUGAUUAUGCACAUCAAGGUUCUUUGUUGGGGACGCUGAGAACUUUCAAAAUGGAAUUUGAGACACCCAUAAUUCGAGCCAGAGAGAAAGACGCUACUAUGGUGGAGAAAAAACUUGGGCAAGAAAUGGCAGAGACCUUGAAAAACAUCAUCAAACCUUACUUCCUACGUCGAACAAAAGCCGAAGUUCAAGCUAAAAAGGACAGCCAUCAAGGGGACUCUAAAUCCUUGCAGAUGCCAUCCCUGACACGCAAAAAUGACUUGGUGAUCUGGCUCAAAUUGACAGAGACACAGCAGAAGAUUUAUCAAGAUUUUCUUUCUUUAGACUCAGUUAAAGAGCUCUUGAUGACAAAGAAGUCUCCACUGGUUGCAUUGACAGUCUUAAAGAAAAUCUGUGACCAUCCAAGACUAUUGAGUACAAGAGCCUGCCUACAGCUAGGUUUGGAUGGGGACAAUUUUGAUGAGGAAGCCUUAGAAAAUGCUGAGUCUUACGAAAGUGCUGUGUCACAAAUCAACAACAUCCCAGAAGAAGUGCUUAUCAAUGAGUCUGGGAAAAUGAUCAUUCUGCAGCAGCUUUUGGAGCGGUUCAGGCAAGAAGGGCAUAAAACUUUAAUCUUUUCUUCAUCCAGAAAAAUUUUGGAUAUCAUCCAGAAAAUACUUCACACAGCAGGUCACAAAGUAUUGAGACUUGAUGGUACUGUCACAAGUCUGACAGCCAGAGAUGAACUGGUACAGAAAUUUCAGAGAGACCCUUCGUACACUGUUUUUCUUUUGACUAUCCAGGUGGGUGGUGUUGGACUUACCAUUACCUCAGCUGACAGGGUGGUCAUCUAUGAUCCCAGUUGGAAUCCAGCCACAGAUGCCCAGGCAGUAGACAGAGCUUAUAGAAUAGGGCAGCAGAAGAAUGUUGUCAUCUACAGGCUCAUUACUUGCGGCACUGUGGAAGAGAAGAUUUACAGGCGUCAGGUUUUCAAGGACAGCAUUACCAGGCAGACGACAGGCAACACUAAGAACCCGUACAGAUACUUUACUAAAAUGGAGCUGAGAGAGCUGUUUACCCUGGAUGAUCCCAAUGUUUCCAAGACACAACUACAGUUACAAGAACUCCACAGCCACCAAAGACUAACAGAUGAAUCAUUGGAUGAGCAUAUAGCAUAUCUGUACUCCUUAGACAUCUUUGGUAUCAGUGAUCACGACCUGAUGUACAAACAAGGAGAUGUCAAUGACUCUCAAGAUGAAGAGGAAGCGCAGUCGGAGAAUGCUGAGAGGGACGUCGGCUUUAUUCAACACAAGAUCCAGAAAGCUCAAAUGUUGAUUGCUGAAGAAUCGUCAGUGCCGAGCACAUAUGAAGAAAGAAGCAAAGGCAUGAUGAAGUAUCCAAGUAGUUCAACAGGGGGAGGAUCAUCUCGUUCUACCAACUAUUUUCAGCCUCCUCCUAACCCAAGCCCUCUCUUCACACAAGUCACCAACUCAAGUGGUGAGAGUGAGUCUGAUCCCAUCAAUAUCUCUGAUAACAACCCAGACACGUUGGCCAGUGAUAUCCAAAACAUGUCCGUUUCUCAGGAUGACAUUUUUGCCAAUGACAAGUUGAAGCAAGAGAUAUCCUCUCCUACCAAGAAUUUGUAUCAGAUCUCGUCACCUAGAAAAACUCAAUAUCAGGUCUCAUCACCUAGUAAAACUCAAUAUCAGGUCUCAUCACCUAGUAUGCAGAGAAAACCUUUGCAACUGUUGACACCUGAUGAAGUGCGCAAGAGAUCACCCCUUUUAGCUGGCCGGCCUGGUUUGGUUCAGAAAGAAGAAAUUGUUAUUUCACCCGACAUGAACAGCCCAAUAGUAAAACUAGAAAAAUCUAACUUGUAUAAAAGAUUGUCUCCUGUCAAGCUAUUCAGUAAUGACGAGCUCAACCCCUGUAUCAAGGAAGAUAAAGCAGACAAAAAGCAAUUAGAGAUUACCUCGUCUUUACUUUCUUGUGACAAAGCUGGCUCUUCAAGAACAUGCUCCACUCCAAAGUCGUCUAAAACCCUGGUAUCAAAAACUCUUAUACCAGAAGAUUCUCUUUUGGCUAAAUCCUACCAUCCCAGCCCACGAAACUCUCCCAUCCAGAACAUACUGGUGGCCGAGUCCCCUAUGUCCCCUCUCUUUGAUUCUUCACCUAAAAAUUCCUCUAGUUCUCAUAGCUCUGUUUAUGGUACACCAUCUGGGGAUGCAUCGUUUGCUUGCAGAAAGUUGUCCUUUGUGGAGGAGACGCCAGAGGCAAGCCAGAAUAGAAAGGAAUCAAGUAUCAAAGCAAGUGUUGAAUCCAUGAAAACUAAACGCCGGAGUGUCUGCCUGCAAAAGCCAAUGGUGGUCAGCUCCAGUGACGAAAGUGGUGACGAGACUGGUCAUUCAGGCCAGUUCAUUGAUGAGGAGGAUGAAGAGAACAAUAAAGAAAAUGACCCUAUCCAGUUUAAAAGGGUGGGCAGAAGAAAUGUUAUUGUUUCAGACAGUGAGUCAGAUAAUGGGUCCUACUUUGAAGUCAGUGAUGAGGAGUAUCAUCACUCUGGGCCCACUACCCCUGUAAAGAAAAAUGCAAGGGACCAAUCAGCCCCUCAAACGCCUGUUAAGAAAGACACAGAGGAUCUCCCCGACGAAGUUUCCAUGGAAGGAUGUAUAGAUUCAGAGGCAGAAGAGAGCCAGAUGGAGGAAGAGGAAGAAGAGGCUGAGCUCAACCCAGAGUUUAUACAACUAGUGCAAGAUUCAAAGCGCUGCUAUAAACAAAAGAACUAUGUUGAGUCCCUUCACUACAUGGAGAGAGCUUUACAGAUUCACAGUCCACCAGAACUACUAGAGAUGGCUGAAAAAAUCAGAUGUCUGAUUGAUCAAAGUUAAUGCAAAAGCUUAUGCUAAAGUUUGCAUUCUUUUUCAGUUAAUAAAUGAAACUGUAGAAUAUUAGCCACCCAAGUCUCGGACAUGAAGGUCAACUAAAUGUCUGCUCAUCUGUAAUGUUUGUACCGGUACGAUUUACCAUUUUGUGUUAUAUGUAUUUAUAUGUAUUUAUUCUUACUUAUGAUGUAAACCGGCAGAGUGUGCUUGUUGAUUAGCUUCUUAUUUAGGAGAGAAUCUGACAAUUUGUUUGUAGGUUAAAAGUUAUCUUUGCAAAAAUGUUUGCGAUCUAAUGAUUUUGUCUGACCUCAUUAGCGGGAAAAUUUUAAAUCAUUGAAUCAUUGUAAUGACCCCAUCAACAUUGGAUCAUCUAGACUUUGGUGCAGCUAUUUCUGUGACAGGAUGCAUCUGGACCGUUGAAUGUUCUGUCCAUAGUGAAGAUCCAUGGGGAUCAAAGACAUUUUGCAGUGACAUGAGUGUCUGUAGAUGAUCUCACUUCCUCCUCACCCAGCAAAGGUUGAGCACCAGUUUCCAACUCUUCCCCUCGAUUGAUUCCCUACAUGACCUUUCUUGUUUAAGUCUCAUCACAUCUUGACUGCCGUUAUACUGAAUGAUACAACAGUGUGCAUAUGUAAAUGUUAAUGUGUUUCCAUGUAUAAGAAUGUAGACCAUUCUAAAGUUGUUUGAUUUUUGCUUGUAGUGCACAAUUCUGGAAUCUUUAACCUGUGCAGAGUGCAAUCUACAAUUGUAACUGUAUUGGAAUGUGACUACUUAAAAUAUUUCAGAAUUUGA